AUGGAUCCAAACGGUAUGGAUGCAGAAUUGGCAUCUAUUGUGUCCUCUCUAAGUGCACUAUCUAAUCCAGGUCUGUCUCAACAACAAUACUCACAUGGCUUUAGUAACAACAACAACAACAAUAAUAAUAAACAACUAGGUGGAUUUAGAAGUUCUAGUUUAACUUUAAGUGACAAUGAAUCAGAUCUUUUAAGUCAAGGAUCAACUUCUUAUUUAGAUCAAAACAUUAACAAUGCCUAUAAUACAGGGUUUGGGUUAGGAUCCUUUGGUUAUAAUAAACAGACUACCUAUUCUGUUGGCACCGCUCCUCCUUAUGUCUCCACUUAUGCCACUAAUACACAACAUAACAACAACAACAUUAAUACUAAUAACACUGGACUUUAUGUGAAUACUAAUAAUUCUUCUUCCACCCAAUUAAGAAACAAAUUGAGUUUAUUAGAUACAUAUUCUAAUAAUUUGAAUAUGAACACUUUGAACUCAAAUGAUUUGAAUUCAUCGUUCAAUAACCACAACAACUAUAAUACUGUAAAUAAUUUCAGUAACACUAACCUAAGUUAUGAUAAAGAAAAUUAUUAUGCUCACACCAUUCAAAAUAUUACUUCGAGUGCCACUUCGACCACUGGAUUUUUCGAAAAAUUUGGUAAAUCCUUAAUCGAAGGUACGAAAGAAUUGGAAAAUGAAGAUUCUACUCCCACCAUUGUUAACACCACUGUUAACACUUCUGCUAAUGAUCGUAUGGAUAAUGAAUAUUUAAAUACCACCAACAAUAAUACUAGUGCCACGAAUUUAACAAACCAAAAUGUUUGGAAUCAGUCUACAGUCCCUUCAUUUCAACUGCAAAAUAGUGCCAUGGUUGAUAAUGAAACUUCUUCACAAAAUAGCAAUGUUAAUACUAACACCAAUAAUACCAACACCAAUGAGCCCAACAUGAAUGAUAAUCCAGAGAGUUUACAAAAGAACGACCAAAUGAAGUCUCCACCAUUCUUUUUCAAUCAUUCUAUCUUAAAUAACGGGUUCCUCUAUGGUAAUAAUUUCUCCCAGUUUCCGUUGGGAUCUCCAACUAGCUUCAUUCCUCAGAUGUUUUAUCCAUUGGGUCAACAUCCUUCUAUCCCACCACAGAUUCCGCCAAAUAACAACAAUAGCAAUCAAAUGAACAAUACUGGUAUUCCAAACACAACAAAUAUUAGCCACGAUAAAAAUAAUACAACCGUCGGUACUACUAGUAUUACUGCUACUAUCAACAAUAAUGGUAAUAAUAACGUACCAUCAUCUAUCCCUGAUUAUAGUUUGCCUGUAAAUAACAAAAACUUAAUUGAAUCAAAUAUUCCUAUUAUCAACAACAUUAACAACAUUGAUACAAAUGACGCUUUACAUGAUUCAAAUAAUAUAGGCUUACAAGGUGUACCAAUGAUAUUUACAUCACCUUCGUCAAAACCAAUGGCCUUGAAUAUGAAUCAUCAUCAUUCUCAAAAAUUGCAACAACAACACCCAAAUAAAACUACAACUGUAAAUAAGCAUCCUAGAAGUAAGAAUAAUGAUAACAACAAUAAUAUUAACAAUGAUAUUAAGAAAGGCAAUCUAUUUAAUUCACAACAAAUUCCAAAUACUAAUCAUAUUACAAUCAAUCCAGGCAAUCCAUAUUUAGAUCCACAUAAUACUACUGUUACUCCAAAUUUCAUCAGUAAAUUAAAUGAAAAUACAUUCAAUAGCAAUUUAGAUAUUGAUGAAUCAACAAGACAUAAAACUACCAUUCCAUCUCAACAAAAUUCCGGUUAUCAUAGAUCUCCAUUACUAGAAGAAAUUAGAAAUAAUGCUGAUAAUAAAUACACAUUGAAGGAUAUUGUCGGCCACACCUUGGAAUUCUGUAAGGAUCAAUAUGGUUCUAGAUUUAUUCAAAAGGAAUUGGCUACUGCUGAACCUUCGGAAAAGGAAGUUGUUUUCAACGAAUUGAGAGACCAUAUAUUGAUUCUGUCUAAUGAUGUCUUUGGGAAUUAUGUAAUCCAAAAAUUCUUUGAAUAUGGUACGCCAACCCAAAAAAGUAUUUUAGUAGAAAAUUUUAAGGGUAGAAUGAAAGAGCUUUCUGUUCAAAUGUAUGCAUGCCGUGUCAUUCAAAAAGCACUGGAAUUUAUUAAACCCGAAGAAAGAAUUGAAUUGGUGGUCGAAUUAUCUGAUUGUGUCUUAAAGAUGAUUAAAGAUCAGAAUGGUAACCACGUGAUUCAAAAGGCGAUUGAAUGUAUUCCAAUUGAAUUAUUACCAUUUGUGCUUAAUUCUUUGAUUGGUCAUAUUUAUCAUUUAUCUACACAUUCUUAUGGAUGUCGUGUUAUACAAAGAUUGUUAGAGUUUGGUACAAUCAAGGAUCAGACCGUGAUUUUAGAUGAAUUAAAAAAUUUCAUCCCAUAUCUUUUACAAGAUCAAUAUGGUAAUUAUGUGAUUCAACACAUUUUACAACAUGGUUCAGAUGAUGCUAAUUGUCUACCAAUGAUCAACACUAAACAAGAGAUUAUUGAUAUUGUAGCUGACAAUGUAGUUGAAUUUUCAAAACAUAAAUUUGCAUCUAAUGUGGUAGAAAAAGCUAUUUUAUAUGGUACAAAAGAACAAAAGAAUUCCAUCAUUUCAAGAAUUUUACCAAGAGACAACGAACAUGCAGCCAACUUAGAAGAUAAUGCUCCAUUAAUCUUGAUGAUGAAAGAUCAAUUUGCCAAUUAUGUUGUUCAAAAAUUAGUAACUGUUUCUGAAGGCGAAAGCAAGAUUUUAAUUGUAACUGCCAUUAGAGCCUAUGUUGAUAAAUUAAAUAACACAAAUGCUUUAGGUAACAGACAUUUAGCAAGUGUGGAAAAAUUGGCUGCAUUAGUUGAAACUAUCAAGGUUUAA